AGAGACGGAAAUAGUGCAGCAUAAAUACCCCUCACCUACUAACUGGUGUUGAGGAAACGGUGGUUGGGUUACCAUGGGCGAAAGGCACAAACAAAUGACGAAAGUAUGCCAUUACAAAAACAUGUAGCCUUGGGUACAAUCAAUGAAAGGCCCAAUCAGAUAGACUACUUUCGUUUGUGUUUUCUUUAUUGUCCAAAUUUCCAGGAGAUUUCUUUAAAAAAUAAAACAUAAAUAUAAAUAAAAAGUCAGACUUUUGCCAUUGGCUUCAAGGGCAAAUAGCAUAGUUUGCAGUGUAUUUACUGUCAUUGAGUGACAUUUAUGAGAUAAAAUAUGACUUUAGGUAAUUUUCAUACAAAACGUAAGGAAAUUGACUUUGCUAUUCAUCUCGUGUCCUCGCCAUGUCUCGCGAGACUUCCACUCAGCGCACUCGAGGAGGCGGUUGCUAGUCGUAGUAUCGAGCGACAGCACAUAGAAAAUGAAACGUUUUUACGGUCGCUAACACUCGCAUCGUCUAAAACUGCGGAGCUUCACCCUACAACCAACGGGGUUAAUCUCGUUCCCAGUGGUUAACAAAAUACAUAUCCACCGCUAGCUAGCUAGCAGCUAGUUAGUGCGCUAACCGUGGGGGCCGACGGUCGCAGGAUCAGCCUGCACAACCAGGAAGCUACAAGCGGCUAAGCUUCGGCGGUAGCCUCACUUUGAGCAAGGCACUGAUCAGAGUCAACACGGACAGAGGGAGAGAGUCUGCGGUGUUACACAAAAAGGGACCACUAACUCAAACAAAGACGGCCACAGAGAUGUCCAAGGCACCAGAUUCCCCACCGCGGUCUCGCACCAGAUCCCGGACCCGCUCCAGGUCCAGGUCUUACUCCCGGUCCCAUUCCCGAAGCCGCUCUCGCUCCAGGUCCAGGAAGCGUCGCUACAGUUCCCGUUCCCGGUCCCGCUCCCGGUCCCACUCUCCCCACAGGAACUACCCCAGCCGGGACUACCAGAACAACCGGGGCAACUACCGGGGGUACAACCGGGGCUACCGCAGGCCCUUCCAGUACCGGGGCAGGAACCGCGGCUACUACCCCCGCGGGCGCUACCAGAACCGCGGCGGCAACAACUACGGCUACCGGGCCAACAACUGGCAGGACGACGGCGGCGGAGGAGGAGGAGGAGGAGGAGGAGGUCGUGGAGGGGGAAGGGGCGGCGGCGGCGGCGGAGGGGGAGGGGGCUGGCACGACCAAGACCACCACCACCACCACAACCACCCCCCCCAGCCCCACAGCCCCCGGCGGGGCCGCUCCCGCACGCCCCGGAAGCGCUCGGGAAGCCGCAGCCGUUCCCGCUACUCGGACCGCUCGUCGUCGGCGCACUCCCGGCACUCGCGGCGCUCCAGCUACUCGUCGCGCUCGCGCUCGCCCUCCCCCCGCCACCGCAAGGGCGGCACCAAGGGGAAGCCCGGCGCCAAGGAGCCCAAGGAGAAGGCCGGGGACGGCCCGCCCGAAGCCCGGGAGAAGAGCCAGGAGCGGCCCGACGGCAGCUCCAUAGAGAAGGUGGCCGGGGGGAAGUGGAUCGACUACGACACCAGCCCCAAGGCGGCCGGCGCCAAGGAGGACGCGGGCGGCUCCGGGAGCAAGGGACCCCUGUGGAGGACCGUCGGAGACGACCCGCCCCCCAAGGACACGUCCAAGAGCCCCCCCAGGGCGGGGCAGACGGCCACCUUCGGAGGGUUCGGCUUCUUCUCCAAGGAGGACCCCAAGGCCGGCGACAAGACGGGGAUCACCUCCGCGUUCAAAAAGUUCCUGGCGGAGAACAAGUCUGCGGACAAGGAUCUGGACCGGCAGGAGCGCGACCCGGAGAAGAGCAGCAGCAGCAGCAGUAAGGCGGGCUCCGCCUACAGCCUGCCGGCCUCCGGCGCCUCCUUCAGGGAGGCCAAGGAGGAGAAGGUGCUGCCCUUCUUCGCGGCGGGCGAGGAGGAGUUCCUGAAGGCCCACGGCAUGAAGGACAGCGGCGAGGGACUCGCCGGCGGCGGCGGCGGCGGCGGAGCCAAGCCCCAGAGCGCGCUCUCGACGCGGGAGAUGUUCGGCAAGUGGGAGGAGGAGACGGGCUACCCCACCUCCUACCCCCUGCCCGCCAAGGAGAAGAGCCGCAGGGAGGCUGCUGCCGCGGCGGCGGCGGCGGCGGCCGCAGCGGGAGGCGAGGCGGAGCCGGAGGAGAGCGUGUACCGCAGCCGCAAGCACAAGAAGGAGGAGAAGGCCAAGAAGAAGGAGAAGAAGGAGAAGGAGAGGGAGAAGAACCGGCGGAGCCCGUCGCCCAUGCCGCUGCCGCCCCCGCUGCACCGGGGCUCCAAGAGCCAGGAGCGGGACCGGCCCCUGUUCCCCGCCGCCAUGGCGGCCCGCGACGGCUCCCCGGCCUCGCGCAUGUCCAUCACCCGCGCCGACUUUGAGCAGAAGAUGUCCGCCAUGGACGAGAUGCCCGGCACCUCUCUGCCCAUCGAGAGGCGUGCCUCCAGAGAGCUGACCGCCGCCGCCGCCAUCGCACCCCCCAAGAAGGACUCUGAGUUCCGCUCGGUGUUCAACCAGAUGCAGCUGGCUCAGCUGCGCCAGAGCCCCUCGGAUCUGUUCGCUCAGCACAUUGUCACUAUCGUGCACUACAUCAAAGCCCAACACUUCCGCUCCUCGGACAUGAGUCUGAGCGAGAGGUUUGCCGUCUACCAAAGGAAAGCGGCCGAGGUAGAAAUGAUGAAGCCAAGGAAAAGCCCCGAGAUCCACAGGAGAAUCGAUCUCUCUCCCAGUGCCUUUAAGAGACACUCUCACCUGUUUGAGGAUGUGGAGGAGACCAGCUACAAGGACCCUAGUAAAAAGGUCAAAGGUGACGUGAUGGACCUGCGUCUGGAUAUUGAGAGGCGCAAGAGGUUCGCUGGGAAGGAGUCCAAGCGGGACGGGGCCAAGAGCUCCGGGGGUUCCCGCGGACCCAGCAGGGAGCGCUCCUCUGAGAAAGCUGGAAAGCACCACAAGAAGUCCAAGAAGAGCAAGAAGAAGCGGGACCGCUCUCCCUCUUCCUCCUCCUCCUCCUCCUCCCCCUCCCCGUACCCCCCUCCCUUCAGGGGGAAGGACUACGGGGGGGAGCCGCCCGGGGCCCCGGGGGACCACAUGGAGGAGGGCUACGGCCACGGCCGCUACCCUCCGCGGGACUACGCCGGCCCCAUGGACCGGGGCCCCCGUGACUACGAGGGCCACAACAUGGACCGGGGAAGGGGACGUGGCUUUUUUCCCAGGGUCCGGGGGAGGGGUUGGAACCGGGGUGGUUACCCAGGCAACAACAACAACAACAACAGCAGCAGCAACGGUAACCCGGCCAACAACAUGAACCCCCCGGUGAGACCCCCCGACGAGGAGUGGGACCCCGAGUACACCCCGAAGAGCCGGAAGUACUACCUGCACGACGACCGCGACGGCGAGAAGGGCUGGGUGGACACCAGGGGCCGCGGGCGGGGGGGCCCCUUCCCCACCCGCCGGGGCCGCUUCGUCUACCGCAAGGGCGGGGCCAGCCCCAAGUGGACCCACGACAUGUUCCAGGGCGGGGAAGAGGGGGAGCUGGCUGACGACACCAUGGAGCUGGAGCACAAGGAGAGCAAGGCCGAGCCCGCCGCGCCCAAGUAGUGCGUCUUCACCACCUCCAGGCUGUCUGGGGGUCUCCUCCUCCUCUUCCUCCUCCUCUGCGUCACCUCCUCCUCACUCUCAGAGCGCUGUUUAUGAUCACAGAUUCGUUUGGGGAUUUUGAUUUGUCGUUUUUUUUUUUUGUUGCACUUCGAGUCCUCUCAUCUUUCUCUUAAGGUUUAAAGUUGGUUAUAAAUGUAUCGGCAAUUUUGUAAUAGGAGGGAAGAUGGGAGCGGGAAAAGGAGAGAUUGGAGUUAAUUGACCUAAAAUGGUCAGCGAGCACUGGGUCUUAUGUGAUAUCGAGGCCCGUUUUGGUCGGUCGCCUUGCGAGGCCGUUAAUGUGGGCGAGACAGACAGACGGACAGGUCUUCUGAGAAACGCAUGAGUAGCAAAUUGCAUUUGUGCCUUAGAUUAACAUGGAGUUGACCUUAAUAGGGAGUCCGUACUGCUAGCUGUUAACCCUCUGUACCGCUCCAACUGAACGGGGUCGGGCAAACAGCGAAAGAUCAAAGGGUUUUACUUUUACUUUAAUUUAGGUUAAUGAAUUCAACUGUAUACUGCAUGGAAUGUUGAAUCAUUACGUUAAUUAAUUGCGUUUAUUCCACGGGACCAAUUAUAAAUACACAUACAGAAUUCGAUAUCCACGAUAUCCAUAAAGAAAGUCACCAUUCGCGCCCGCCGUUGUUUUCUCGGGUCUUCAGUUCAAUCUCCCUCCACGCGCUGCCACUCUGUCAUUUCGCUCGUCACCCGUGGGUGUUUUUAUCUGUAUUUUGACGUGUUCUCAUUGAUUGUGGAUAUGCUACCCUGCUUUUAAAUUCGGAGACGAUUAGUGACCGUGCCAUUUGGUUUGCUGUAGAGGUGUCGGUUACUGCUUAAGGGUGGUGCAGCUGGCCUUUGUGUUCACAUUUUAUGAUAGGAUCAAAAAUAUUUGUUUUUUUUUACGAAGCGAUGAUAAUUACUUAGAUAUACGUUUGCGCUUCAGUUUUGGCAACAUACCGACGCUGCUGUUCAGUUAAAUCGUGCCCUUUUUUUGUUAUUUAUGGCCUGGGAAGAGGGAAAGAAGCGAUGCUCGGCUGUGAGAAGAUAUAACGACGGGAGACUGCAGCAGAGUAGCAGAACAUGUUGUCCGACGCGCCUGUCCGUGCAGCCUGUUAGACUGGACUGACGCAACACAUAUAUAUGGAAUCGGUUUUGUUUCAAAUUGGAAGCUGAAAUGUAUUUUUUUUUUUUUACCGUUUCCUAAUCUUUGAAUUAUUUGUCCUUUUCAAUAAAUCUUUUAUUUGACUAUUUGUGUUCAGACAAUCUUUUAUAUAUGCGUCUGUCUUUCCAACUCUAUCUUUGUUAUCGAUCUUUUUGUGCAUAUAUAUCCAUCUCUAAAUGUUAGGGUUAGGUGGCCAAUAUGGAAUAGUUGUUACCGCCCACAGGUGCACAUACCGCCAAUCAGGAGAGACCCGUUAGUCACCGUCUGGGUCAACAGUCCCCUGAUUUGUUUUCUCUGGCACCCAAAACACGCGCUGAUUCAACCGGCCCUGGGCCACGCGCUACCACACGUGACAGGUUACCCGCCUAGCCCGGGAGCGCCAACAACCAACCGCUUCAUGCGUCCCGGCCCAGUAGGACUGGGGGAAAAAAAUGUCUCACAUGGUGGGGAUACCUAUUCGGAACCUCAGUUUUCCACUCACGGAACUUGCUGGCAGCAUUGGGUGGUUGCACCUACAGUUUACGCCGGUCGAGGUAUCUGCUCUUGUGCGGACAAACGGUCUCUUUCAUGGGCGCGAAACAAACUGCUCUUCAGUUAGCCGAGACAGGGAGAGAGAGCGCCGGGCGAGAGCUAAAAUAGGACGAGACUGCUGGGAAUUGUGGGAAAGAAAACACAGGAAGUGACUGUCUGGAAGGCGAUGAUAACGUGGUGGGGGGGUACUUAGGAAAGUAUUUACUACUGAGAUAAGACUCCUACAGUGUGAGUGGUAUGGCUCGUUAGAAUCAAGACAUGUAGCUUGUAUCUUGUACUUGUAAAGGCAUUCGUUUUUUGUGAAAUACAAAACUUUAAUCGCACGAGUGGUUGUGUAAAAAUCACAAGUUAUUCACAUGUAUGCAUCAAUAACAAAAAACGAACAGAAGAAGACGUGAGUUCGUCCAAGAUGGUGCGACAAAGCGCCCGACAGGUCAGGGUCCUCUAUAGUGAAACCAUAGUAGCUUAAUAGUCAUUAAAGCAUUGAACAAACUGGCCCAACCGUUGGCAAUCUGAAACGUUUGGGGUGACUCGGACGAGUUCGGGAACAAAUCUGUUCGGUGUGUUCAGCUGUGAUGGAAGCUUUUUGAACUGCACGGACGGUGUCUU